CCUGGGGGGUGAGCGUGCAGGGCUGGCGGUGAGCGUGCAAGGCUCUGGGGGUGAGGGGGAGCGUGCCCGGCUCGGGGGGACAGGGUGUGCACAGCUGGGGGGUGAGCGUGCACGGUCUAGGUGUGACGGCGAGCGUGCCCAGCUGGGGACGAGCGUGCCCAGCUCUGGGCGUGUGAGUGUGCAAGACUGGGAGUGAGCAGGAGCGUGCAGGGCUCAGGGGAGUGAGCGUGCAAGGCUGGAGCGUGCAUGGCUUCACAGGUGAGUGUGCGCGGCUGGAGGGGGAAGGUUGAGCGUGCACGGCUCCAGGGCUGACAGUGAGUGUGCACGGCCAGGGCUGAGCGUGAGUGUGCAAAGCUCUGGUGGUGAGUGUGGGCAUGCACGGCCGGGGGUGAGCGUGCACGGCUCAGAGGGGGAUUGUGCACGGCUCGGGGGUAACAGUGAGUGUGCGAGGCCUGGGGUGAGCGUGCACGGCUGUGAGGGCGAGUGUGCACGGCUUGGGAGGGGGACGCUGUGGCUCAGGGGUGAGAGUAAGCGUGCACGGCCUAGAGCGAGUGUGCACGGCCUGGGGUGAGCGUGCACGGCUCCCGGUGCGAGUGUGAGCGUGCACGGCCUGGAACAAGUGUGCACGGCCUGGGGUGAGCGUGCACGGCUCCCAGUGUGAGCGUGAGCGUGCACGGCCUGGGGUGAGCGUGCGUGGCCUGGGGUUGAGUGUGCACAGUGAGCGUGAGCAUGCAUGGCCCCGGGGUGAGCGUGCACAGCUGGAGGUGAGCGUGCAUGGCCCGGGGUUGAGUGUGCACAGUGAGCGUGAGCGUGCACGGCCCGGGGUGAGCGUGCACAACUCCGGGGGUGAGUGUGAACGUGCACAGCCCGGGCUGAGCCUGCAGGGCCCGAGCUGAGCGUGCACGACUCUGGGUGCCAGCGUGAGUGUGCAAAGCCCCGGGGGUGAGCGUGCAAAACCAGGACCGACUGCCUGAGUGUGCCCCCCACCCCCUCCCCGAACCCCCAAAUCCCGCCGCUCGCCCCCCCCCCAAAAAAAACCAAACCACCCCCCCCAACCCCACCCGCUGUGCGCGUUGCACGCGCGUGUGCGAGGCGUGCGGGGAUGCGGUCGGGGACCCGUUCCCCCCCGGGUGCCCCUGGGCCUUUUGGGGGGCCCCCGGGGUGGCACUAGGACCCAGGAGGCGCCAUGUGGGGCCCCCCCCAGCCGGGCCCCCCCUGGGCGCUUCGGGGCACCCUGGGGCCCCCCCCCGGCACCCGCCUCAGCCUGGAGGGCGGCAGCAGGACCGUGGCCGAUUACCACGGCGGCCGUUCCCGCAGGAAGAGCGUUCCCGGGGGGAAGCAGUACAGCAUCAACAUGGACGCCCCGCCCGCCCCCCCCUUCCGGCCCUCGCAAGGCUUCCUGAGCCGCCGCCUGAAGAGCUCCAUCAAGCGCACCAAGAGCCAGCCCAAGCUCGACCGCACCAGCAGCUUCCGGCAGAUCCUGCCCCGCUUCCGCAGCGCCGACCACGACAGGGCCCGGCUGAUGCAGAGCUUCAAGGAGUCGCACUCCCACGAGUCCCUGCUGAGCCCCAGCAGCGCGGCCGAGGCGCUGGAGCUCAACCUGGAUGAGGACUCCAUCAUCAAGGCGGUCCACAGCAGCAUCCUGGGCCAAGAGUUCUGCUUCGAGGUGACAACGGCCUCGGGGACCAAGUGUUUCGCCUGCCGUUCGGCCGCCGAGAGGGACAAGUGGAUUGAGAACCUGCAGAGGGCGGUGAAGCCCAAUAAGGACAACAGCCGGCGGGUGGACAACGUCCUGAAGCUGUGGGUGAUCGAGGCGCGAGACCUUCCCCCCAAGAAACGCUACUACUGCGAGCUGUGCCUGGACGACAUGCUCUACGCCCGCACCACCAGCAAGGCGCGCACCGACAACGUCUUCUGGGGAGAACAUUUUGAGUUCAACAACCUGCCGGCCGUCCGCACCAUCCGCCUACACCUCUACAAGGAUACCGACAAGAAACGCAAGAAGGACAAGAGUAACUACGUAGGGAUGGUGAGCAUCCCCAUCGCCAGCGUCACCGGUCGGCACUUCGCCGAGCAGUGGUACCCGCUCAGCCAACCCAGCGGCAGCAAGAGCAAGGCGGGAUGUCCGGCUCUACGCGUCAAGAGUCGCUUCCAGACCAUGAGCAUCCUCCCCAUGGAGCUCUACAAGGAGUUCGCCGAGUACGUCACCAACAAUUACCGGAUGCUCUGCGCCGUCUUGGAGCCCGUGCUCAGCGUCAAGAGCAAGGAGGAGGUGGCCUGCGCGUUGGUGCACAUCUUGCAGAGCACCGGCAAGGCUAAGGACUUCCUGUCGGACAUGGCCAUGACGGAGGUGGAUCGCUUCAUGGACCGGGAGCACCUGAUCUUCCGGGAAAACACCCUCGCCACGAAAGCCAUAGAGGAGUAUCUGAAACUCAUCGGCCAGAAAUACCUCAAGGAUGCCAUCGGCGAGUUCAUCCGGGCGCUGUAUGAGUCGGAGGAGAACUGCGAGGUCGACCCCAUGAAGUGCUCGGCCUCCACCUUGGCUGACCACCAGGCCAACCUCCGCAUGUGCUGCGAGCUCGCCCUCUGCAAGGUGGUCAACUCGCACUGCGUGUUCCCACGGGAGCUGAAGGAGGUCUUUGCCUCGUGGCGGCUGCGAUGCGCCGAGCGGGGCCGCGAGGACAUCGCCGACCGGUUGAUCAGCGCCUCGCUCUUCCUGCGGUUUCUCUGCCCCGCCGUGAUGUCCCCCAGCCUCUUCGGCCUCAUGCAGGAGUACCCCGACGAGCAGACCGCCCGUACCCUCACCCUCAUCGCCAAGGUCAUCCAGAACCUGGCCAACUUCACCAAGUUUGGCAGCAAGGAGGAGUACAUGGCCUUCAUGAACGAGUUCCUGGAGCUGGAGUGGACCAGCAUGCAGCAGUUCCUCUAUGAAAUCUCCAACCUGGACACCCUCACCAACAGCACCAGCUUCGAGGGCUACAUCGACCUGGGCCGCGAGCUCUCCACCCUGCACGCCCUCCUCUGGGAGGUCAUGUCCCAGCUCAGCAAGGAGGCCCUGCUGAAGCUGGGGCCGCUGCCCCGGCUGCUGACGGACAUCAGUGUGGCCCUGCGCAACCCCCACCUGCAGCGGCAGCCAAGCCAGGGGGAGCGGCUGCCCCCCAAGGGGCUGGUGCUGCGGGGACCCUCAGCCGACCUCCAGCCCUACCUCGUCCGCGACCUCAACAGCUCCGUUGACCUCCAGUCCUACAUGGUGCGGGGCCUCAACAGCUCCAUGGAGGUGCCCCGCCUGCCCUCCCCGCCGCAGGAGAAGGGGCCGCAGGAGGUGCUGGUCCUGAGCCGACCCCCCCUGGCCCGCUCCUCCCCCGCCUACUGCACCAGCAGCUCCGACCUGACGGAGCCCGAGGGGGGCCGGGGGGCUCUGGGGGUGGGCAAGAGCGUCUCCAUGCUGGACCUUCAAGACGGCCGCGUUGACAGCGUCCCUAGUUUGCCCGCUGAGCUGCUCGCCGCCGGCGGUCCGGCCCCGGGGGGGGCCGGAGGGGGGCUGCGUCCCGGCCGCCUCUCGCAGGGCAGCGCCUCCAGCUUGGCCCCCCCUCGCCUGGGGGUACCCGAACCUGGGGGGCCGCAAUUGCGGGUUCCCCUUUCCUUCCAAAACCCCCUUUUUCAUUUGGCGGCCGACGGACCCUUGCGGGGACCCGAACCGGGGGGCGAGGGGCCCUUUGCCCCCCCCUUGCACGGGUACAGCAAGAGCGAGGAGCUGGCGGCGCCCCCCCCCAAGCACAUCACCCACAGCCACAGCUACAGCGACGAGUUCGCUCGGCCCGGGGGGGACUUCAGCCGGCGGCAGCUCUCCCUGCAGGACAGCCUGGCCCCCCCCCAGAUCACCAUCGGGGCCCCCCCGCCCCCCACCCCUCGGGGGGCGCGAGCGGGGAAAGGUGGGGGGCCGGGGCCGGCGGCCCUGGGGGUGCCCCCCAAACCGCGGCCGGCCAGCGGGAAUUUGUUGGCGUCCCCCGAACCGUCUUACGGACCCCCCCGCUCCCGACAGCCCUCCCUGGCCAAGGAGGCGUCGGUGGCUGGGAUGAAGCCGCCGGUCACCAAGCAGGCCUCGCAGACGCCGUCGACGCUGAACCCGGUGAUGCCGGCGGCGGAGCGCACGGUGGCCUGGGUGUCCAACAUGCCGCACCUCUCGGCCGACAUCGAGAGCUCCCACAUCGAGCGCGAGGAGUACAAGCUCAAGGAGUACUCCAAGUCCAUGGACGAGAGCCGGCUGGACCGGGUGAAGGAGUACGAGGAGGAGAUCCACUCGCUGAAGGAGCGGCUGCACAUGUCCAACCGCAAGCUGGAGGAGUACGAGCGGCGCCUGGUGUCGCAGGAGGAGCAGACGAGCCGCAUCCUGCUGCAGUACCAGCACCGCCUGGAGCAGAGCGAGAAGCGUCUGCGGCAGCAGCAGGCGGAGAAGGACUCCCAGAUCAAGAGUAUCAUCGGCAGCCUGGCCCCGCAGGCUGAUGCUGGUGGAGCAGGAGCUGCGCAGGGAUCACUUGGGCGCCCACGACCCCCCCGAGGGCCGGCGGCGGCUGCUCGACGCUCAGCUGUCCGUCAGGUAGCGCGGGCCAGCCCUGCCAUUGUCACGGGACCCUCGGCCUCCGGUGACACGCCAGGAGAGGCAGCUUUCCGCCGUGGGUGCAGCAGACCCGGGUGUGAAUUGGGGCGGGGGGGUCCCCGUGCGGCCCCCGCCUCCGCCCCCGCCACCCCCGAUCACGGCCAACGGCGAGCUGCGCGGCCCCGCUGCUGAGCACUAACCCCCGCCCCGGGGGCCACCGGGGACCCCCCCCAACCCCCCGCCCCGGGGCUGGCGGUGGCCCCCGGAGACCCCCGGGGAAGAGGAGGAGGAGGGGGGUGGGGGGGGAAGAAGGGGGGGAGGAAGACACCCCCCC